UAGUCGGAGGUUUAGGGUUUUUGGGCCAUGGCUAGGUCUGGCUGGGAAAUGGAGGCUGGAUGAAUCGCGAGGUACGCAAUGGCGGCUUGAGCGCUCAUGAAUGCGGAGAGAAUGGUGAUAUGCCGCGAGCUUCUGCUAGCGAGACGGCUCCUCGGGCAUAGUUUUCAUAGUGCGCGAUUCGGCUAUAGCGGCUUGCGAUUCCAAUCGAGCGUAGUAGCGGUCGAGUGUAAGAUUUCUUCGUCAGAUGCGGCGGAUAGCGCUAGAAAGACGCCUGGGGAUUUUUUGCCGGAGGAUGGCCGUGUAGGAGACCUGGUAGUGGGCGAGAUUUUGAGGGAGGCCUCGCAGGAACAGAGAGAGAUCAAAGAAAACGCUAGAAGUUCGUCGUCCAAGAAAUAUGGAGAAGUUUCUAUAGAUCAGAAACUUGUGGAGCAGGCUUUCGACUACUUUGUGGUGAUCGAUUUCGAGGCAACGUGCGACUCGACCGUGUUCUUCCCGCAGGAGAUCAUCGAGUUUCCUUCGGUCCUGGUCGCGGUGCAUUCUUUAUCAGUGGAGGAUAGCUUCCAGACGUAUGUCAAGCCCACAUUCAAUCCCCAGCUCACGGAUUUUUGCAAGCGGCUUACCGGUAUUGAGCAGACCCAGGUUGAUAAUGGAAUGGCUUUGGCCGAGGCUUUGGUCAAGCAUGACAAGUGGCUUGAAGAUAAAGGCGUCAAGAGCAAGAGAUUUGGGGUGAUAACUUGGACGGACUGGGACUGCAAAGUCAUGCUCGAUUUUGAGUGCCGGCUGAAGGGUCUGACGAAGCCGUCCUACUUCAACAAGUGGAUAAAUCUCAAGUCUUGUUUCCAGGAGAAGUUUGGCGACAAGUUCAACUUGAAAAAGGCUGUGCAGCAUGCCGGGCUGCAAUGGCAAGGGCGAGAGCACUGUGGUCUCGAUGACGCGAAGAACACCGCCUCGCUUGCAAUGGAGCUCGUGAGACGCGGGAUGCAGAUCGGGUUCACCCAGCAUCAGAGCUCCCGGAAGCCAGCCAUCACGAAUAUCAGCUCGGAGUUCAUGCCAAAGCUGAAGAAAAUCCUCGAGGCUCUUCCACGCAGCAGUGACAUCGACGAGACGAGCAUCACCGUCGGCGCAGAUAACCUUUGCUACUGCGGGGUAAAGUGCAAGACGAGACUUGUGAGAAAGGCCGGGCCGAACCAAGGCAAGUUCUUCCUGUCCUGCGGCAACUGGACGCUCACCGAGGGUGGCAAAUGCACGUACUUCGAAUGGAUGAAUCCUCCGGAGCAACACUCACCAUCACCCGCAAAGUCAUGACAUCAGCAUGGAUCUCGCAAAGUUUCACAACCAAAUGGAUCCCGUGAAGCAGGAAAACAGAAGGAAACAAACCAAAUGGGGUAUGUCACAACCUUCAAAGAUUCACAAGUUUUUUCUCAUUCCUUCAAACCCACCUAUCCUGUAUCUAACUUUUUUUUUGUUACUUUGGCGAAACUCUAUAUAUCUUAGAA